CGAGACGCCGACGAGGCAAGAGCGCCGCCGCCCGCCCUGCGCCACCCACCGGCCCCUCCCCUCGUCGUGCGAAUAGAGGGGCGACCAUAGAGAGGAGGCCGUGCGCGCCAGAGAGGCGGUGUCGCGCGCGACGUGCCCGCCCAUCCCGUCGCGACGUCAGGCGCGCCGACCUCUCCGCUGGCCUUCCCAGCGUGCUUCGCGGCUCGUCGGUCUUUCCUGUUUGGGCUGGUGUUCGGGAGGGCGCCAGCAUGGGAGUCGACAUCCGCCACAACAAGGACCGGAAAGUCCGGCGCAAGGAACCCAAGAGUCAGGACAUCUACCUGCGGCUGUUGGUGAAGCUCUAUCGCUUCCUGGCCCGCAGAACCAACUCCACUUUCAACAAGGUUGUCCUGAAGAGACUGUUUAUGAGCCGCACUAAUCGGCCCCCCCUGUCCCUGUCCCGAAUGAUCCGCAAGAUGAAGUUGCCGGGCAGAGAAAACAAGACAGCCGUGGUGGUGGGGACUGUGACUGAUGAUGUCAGGAUCCAGGAUGUCCCCAAGCUGAAGGUGUGUGCCCUUCGUGUUACCAGCAAUGCCCGCAGCCGCAUCCUCAAGGCUGGGGGGAAGAUCCUCACCUUUGACCAGCUGGCCAUGAGCUCCCCCAAGGGCCGGGGCACGGUCCUGCUGUCUGGUCCCCGGAAGGGCCGCGAGGUGUACAGGCAUUUCGGGAAGGCUCCUGGCACUCCCCACAGCCACACCAAACCCUACGUGCGAUCCAAGGGCCGGAAGUUCGAGCGUGCCAGGGGUCGUCGUGCCAGCCGAGGCUACAAAAACUAACUUCCUUACUCCUUGUUAUAUUAAAGAUUUUUGGACCACACA